AUGAGUGGACCAACAAUUGACGACGAUGACCACCAUGAUAUUCUAGACGAGUUUUUGGAUCAAAGAGUCUACGACUCUAUAGGAACCAAUACCCCCUUGCCCUUGAAUAAUGAGACCAAAAAGGCAGAAGACGGCCAUGGCCAUGAUAAUAUAAUGACUUCAUUGUAUGCUUUAAGCAGCCUUCAAAAUGAAAAUCACAAUUUCGAAAAAUCCAUUGACGGGCUAGCUGAGUUUCAAUAUCCUGAACUAUCAUCUACUACCAAUGGCAAAGCCCACAUCGAUACCAACAAGAACAACAACGACAACAACAACGAGAACAACGACAACAACAACGACAACAACGACAACAACGACGACAACAACGACAACAACAACGAGAACAACGACAACAACAACGAGAACAACGACAACAACAACGACAACAACGACAACAACGACGACAACAACGACAACAACAACGAGAACAACGACAACAACAACGAGAACAACGACAACAACGGUGCAUCUCCCAAUGAUGAUGAAUAUUGGUAUCUCGACAUACCGCAGGAAUCCAACGUUUCACCAACUCAGCAGCUACAACAACAACAACAGCAGCAGCACCAAAAUGGUGCCCAGAUUCGCAAUCUCAGUCUAGCAUCUAGUGUCAACAGUCCCGAUUCAAUAACAUCGCCAGAAGCCUUGAAAACCACCAUUCAAACCACCAUUCCCGCAGAUUCCCACUUGCAAAUCUCCGAUUACGAAUUGGCAAGAGAAGAGUUGGGCAAAUUGAAAUUUGGAAGCCAUCGGAUAAAUGCAGCUCCAAAGUCGGUCGAUGUGCCCGAUCCUUCGUAUUUGGAUUUCUCAGAAGAAGUUGUCAGCAAAUUACCUCACAAGUUGAAAUUAACCGGUUUACCGAGCUAUUCAAGAGUCGAGACUCAAAUCAAAUGCGAAAUAACGCUAAGUCCCGCUCCCAUUUCAAAUCACUUGUUGCACGUGCCCCAAGACCUCAUUUCCAAAAACAAGUUUUGUUUAGCUGAUCCAAUUGAAUCCUUGGAUCCAAGCUUGAAAGAGAGUUUGCUCUAUAUGGAUGCUUACGUUCUCACUUCGGACUUGAGAAAAUCGUGCAACAUUUGCUCUAGAUGCAUCAAAAGAGAACAAAAGAGAGCUUCUCGUGGGAAAGCAGCCGGUGAAUAUGACGAACAAGAUUUCAACAUUUCAGCCAAAUUGAAAAACCCGAUAAAGAACAACUCGAGCUCGUGGUCCGACGAAACAAUGAUGAAAAAGGCAAUCAUAUUCAACUGUAAGGAAAUAGUUUCAUUUCCACGGCCGUCGGGCAUAUCCAAUGAAGAAUCCAAAUCGAUUGAGUUAUCGGCCAGAAUAAUAUGCUACUGCAGACAUCACAAGGAACUGCAAGGUUUCAAACUACUCGUGGUUAUCAAAAACAAUAAAGGCGAAGUUGUCGCUAAGCAACUCUCGUCCCCAAUAAUGAUUAUGGAUAGGAAAAAGAAUAUACCCAUGGCAAGGGACUCGUUGCCAAACUCGGUGGCUGGUUCCUCGGUGAACCUCCAAGGAUUGGCAGAUAACUCUUACAAGAAGAAAAAGAUGUCGACAUCUGACUCUGACAAUGACAACCACAACCACAACCACAACCACAACCACAACCACAACCACAACCACAGCAGCAGCAGCAACAACAACAAUAGCAACAAUAGCAACAAUAGUAACAACUUGUCGCCCAAGUCUCUUGACGAAUCCAACUCCGAGUUUCAUACAACAGAUUUCGAGUCUUCCAAUGGACGAGGCAUCAAGCGCAAGAAGCUUUCGGUUGAUGAUUCUUACAACAUAUCUUCGAAUCCCAUGUACAAUGGAAGUGUUAGUGGCUACUCACCAAUGAGCAACAGCGACACAAACACCUCAACCAACAUACACAUGAUGAAGCAGCCGAUGAGCUUCAAUGGUCUCUCGCCGCUUGCGCUGCAACACAACCCACUCCACCACCACCAGACUCAUCACUUGUUGAACCCACAACUGCAGUCAUUACAGCAGCCGCCAUUACAACAACAACAACAGCUGCAGCAAAUGAAUCAACCCAAUAAUAUGUUGCCAUCCAUUCAAAGAAUAAUCCCAGCCCAGGGUCCCAUCAGAGGAGGUAUCGAAAUCACUUUGCUUGGUUUCAAUUUCAGACCUGGUUUAUCUGUAAAAUUUGGUGCAAACCGCGCAUUAGCAACUCAUUGUUGGUCCGAUACUACAAUUGUCACGUAUCUCCCACCAGCUCAACAACCAGGGCAAGUCUUGGUUACAUUUGAAAAUGAGGAAGCAUCAUUGAUGCAGCAACAGCUGCUGAUAUUCACUUACACAGAUGACACCGAUCGUCAACUAAUUGAGUUGGCAUUGCAGAUUGUUGGUUUAAAGAUGAAUGGGAAAUUGGAAGAUGCCAAGAAUAUAGCCAGGCGGAUCGUUGGUACAGACAAUAGCAGCAGGAACGGUUCCAACUCGACGACCCCAGCAGCUUCAUCUUCUUCUCCAACGGGGAACUCUGCAUCGAAUGAAUGGUUCAAUUCUGCACAAGAAUCGUUGAAGAAAUUGACCAGUUCCGGGUUGAGCAUGCAGGUUGUGCUUGUACGGUUAUUGUCGCUCGUGGAUUUGCCAAACUGUCCAAUCAUUAUACCCAACUGGCAGCUCACCAAUAAACAGGGACAAACUUUACUUCAUUUAUCUACAUUGAAAAACUAUUCCAAAUUGGUCAAGUUUUUGGCUACUCAUGGCUGCAAGAUGGAUGUGCAGGACAACCAAGGUAUCACGCCGUUGUUUAUCGCGUCGAUGAGCGGCAACAGAAAGCUUAUGGAAUUUUACAUUGACUAUGGUAAGUCAAACUGGAACCUUCGGUUGAAGAACGAUCUUUACAUGAAGGAUUAUAGUGAUGCGAACGUGCUUGAUAUGUUUAGCUCUUUGGAAACCGAGGCGGAAUAUCAACAAACUAGUGGAGUUGAAAAGGAAGAAAAAGGAGACGAGUACGACGAAGACAAUAUCAAAAAGUCCAAUUCGUUUGACUCCAUCAUAUCACUCGACAACAAUAUUGGACGAAGGAUUUCCAAAAUGGUUGCCAAUGCUGGUCCGCAAGUGAAAGCGCAGGAACAGUACAGCUCGGCUGGUUAUGGUCUCGACGAUGAUAGGAACUCAGAGUUUGCCGACUCAGAGUUUGAAAGCGAUGAUCAUGAUGAUGACUCUGAUGAUGACGAUGAUGAUGAUGAUGAUUGGAGUAGUUUGAGUGAAGAUUCCGAGUGGGAAGCAAGGUCGUUAGAGAGUAGAAAUGAAGCUGCCGUUGAUGAUGUUAUUGCUGUUGCUGUAGAUGGUGAUGGUGAUGAUAACAAUGAUGGAGAACAAGGUCACUCGGCGACGACUCAGCGAACCACUAGGUCUGCUCCAUCAAGACCCUCGUCGCCUGGGUUGUGGCAAAAGGUUAUGAACGUCUUCAGCAAGGAUGAAGAAGGUGACGCGUUGCCAACGUAUGAUGACUUGUUUCCCUUGGGUCCCUCGUCGUCUACGUCGAAGCCAAAGUCAUCGGCAGAGCAAUCGUUGAACCAAGCAGGAUCAUCGGCAAGUCAAAUCCACGAUAUCACCACUGCCGGCGGAGCACUGGCUCCAACCGAUGAGCAAGAGAUAGAUGGUGGUGCAGCUUCAGACAGUUCCGAGGAUAUGGUGAUUUCAUACAUUAACCAUCCACGAAAAUCAGUCGAGCACGACAAGAUGCUUUUCCUCUUUUGGAUUCCAAUUUUGGUCGGACUCAUUGGAUUAUUCUUCACCAGUUAUGUGAUGGGAUGGAGGUUUCAAAAAAUCGAGCUGGUGAAGGUGAAUUUGAGAGAAACUUUAGGGUCGGUUUUACUUGGAGGGAAUGAAAGAAUUGGCAAAGUUUUCACAACCAGAACUGCAGCAGGUGGCGCCACCACUGCGGGUGCGCUAGCCGCCGGUAGCUGA